CAGCGCUCAGCUGUUUCGCAAUGGAUCAAGAACAAAAUAAAGAACGAAGGCAUUCAGGCUCGGAACAUCAUCAAAUAUAACGUUCCGAUAGAGAACGUACAUGGUGCCAGACAGUCCUCUACAACUCAGUCCUCGCCUGCAAAGUUGCGGAUGACCGUCACGCCUAAUCGACCAAAGCCUCAAUUUGUGGAGGGUACCUACCACACGUCCAGCUGGUCCCAACUAACGAGCCCCCGGUGCAACCGUACAUUGACAAACUCGACCAGUGCAACUAGUCCUUCGCCUUCCCUACAGGAUCGCGCUACGUUCUCGCCUAAUUCGAGCUCUACCUCCUUGCAGGACUCAUCGUUCCACAAGGCAAUUUCAAACAGGUCCAUGGCGCGUCCACCGGUCGGAUCCAGGAACGCCGUCACUGCCCGUACAGAGAACGAAUAUCGUGCUCGCUACUGGGGCCAAAUGUUGGAUACCUUACGCAGGACAAUUGAUGAAAUCUAUUCGGCCUGUGAGGCAGACGAAAGCGAGGUUGAGUGCAAAGAAGUUAUCAUGAUUCUGGAGCACAGCAAGCAGGAUUUUCGUUCGCUGAUUGAGAAGAUGAAUCUACUGCGUCAGUAUGAACGUGCAGAUGACGAACACCGUCCUAACGCACUUGCGUGGGAUGAAAGAACCACUCUUCCCGGGAAGCCCAUCAUGCGUCAAGUCCUUGCCUCAGCUGCGCUGGCGGUCGCCAAUGUGGAUGAUUCGCCUUACAUAUCUAUUCCGUUGGUUAAUUUCACUGCGGGCUCGGACCUGGCCGAGGCCAGCGGGGAGACGGAAUCCGAUCAUCUAGGACCAGGACAAGGUCUAGCAAGCUGGCAUCUAGUCGUUCCGAAACACUGUGCCAAAGUGCAGCGACUGAUCACUGACCCGACUCAGCAACUCACUUUCACCACCCUGUCUAACGCAGCCACUCCAACGAAUCGUUCUCUACCGCCGGGCCUGACCCCCUCGACUAAGUAUCCACCAUCAAUACGCUCUGAAUCAGAAAUGACACGGUCCGGAUAUUCAUCCGCCAAGGAUGCUCUUUUUGACUACACUGGUGAUGACGACGAUCUGUUGGGGAGUCACGAGGAUGUCGAGUUUGAAAUGGAUGGUGCGGAGGGUGAAGACGAAGCCGAAGUGGUUGAUGGGUUGUCGGUGACCAAUUUGUCGGCAGACCGUGAACCAGACCUUGGCAAUGCCACAUCGAGCUGUUGCUUCAGUGAAGGAUUACCCGAGGAUCUGGACGAUGAGGAUGAGGGUGACGAUACUACUUUAUCACGUGAUUUAAGGCAACUAGAUGAGGUAAUUAUUUCUAUUUUACCGUUCUUAUGGUUCCGUAGUCUCCCCGCCAUAGCAAAUGUCACAACUGCGGAGCGUGUCCUGACGGAUCAGUUGGGUCGAGCCCAGUGUGCCGAGGCUGCUCUGCGCCGCCGCCUGUUGGCUCGAGAUGAAACUGACGUGGACAAAGAGUACAGCCGAUCAGGGUCUUUUCUACCCUCAAAAUUGACGGCUUCCAACAAACCCGCUGGGUCUGAUCUAUUGGUCCUUCGUAUGGGGAAGCUGGCGGUUCCACGCCGGAAGCCAGCACCAAUAUCGGGACGAGUGACUGACCCAAGUAGUGGUGACGAUCGGGCGGAUCACGACGCUUGCUCCAGACAAAGUGUCUCCCUCAGGGUCAACUGUUCCACACCUGCCACGAUUUCUUCAACGACUCUUGUCUCUUCCACCAAUCUUCGAACCGUGGCGACAUUCACCGAUGCGGAUCAUGAAGUUCACUGGUGUGGGUGUCAUUGUCACUCGCGCUCCGCCGGAGACGAGGCAAAUCGAGUUCCGAUUAUCUCAUCGCCUCAUUUUUCAUGGUCCAGGAAAGCGGAUGGUUCGUCUGAUGUUAUUGCCCCAGAAGUUGCGCAUCCGUGCGGUUCCGAAAGAGAAAUGAGGAUAUCCCCAGCUUCUGCCAGUUUCGGCAAUCUUUUCGCCAUAGCAAAUGUCACAACUGCGGAGCGUGUCCUGACGGAUCAGUUGGGUCGAGCCCAGUGUGCCGAGGCUGCUCUGCGCCGCCGCCUGUUGGCUCGAGAUGAAACUGACGUGGACAAAGAGUACAGCCGAUCAGGGUCUUUUCUACCCUCAAAAUUGACGGCUUCCAACAAACCCGCUGGGUCUGAUCUGUUGGUCCUUCGUAUGGGGAAGCUGGCGGUUCCACGCCGGAAGCCAGCACCAAUAUCGGGACGAGUGACUGACCCAAGUAGUGGUGACGAUCGGGCGGAUCACGACGCUUGCUCCAGACAAAGUGUCUCCCUCAGGGUCAACUGUUCCACACCUGCCACGAUUUCUUCAACGACUCUUGUCUCUUCCACCAAUCUUCGAACCGUGGCGACAUUCACCGAUGCGGAUCAUGAAGUUCACUGGUGUGGGUGUCAUUGUCACUCGCGCUCCGCCGGAGACGAGGCAAAUCGAGUUCCGAUUAUCUCAUCGCCUCAUUUUUCAUGGUCCAGGAAAGCGGAUGGUUCGUCUGAUGUUAUUGCCCCAGAAGUUGCGCAUCCGUGCGGUUCCGAAAGAGAAAUGAGGAUAUCCCCAGCUUCUGCCAGUAGAACGACCAACUCGAUGCAGGAACUGGAACAGAAACAAACCCGGGCUCGAAUCCUUCGGCAGCAACAUCUUUUGGAGCGCUCAGAGCGUGUGCACGAGUUGAGCAAAAAGGUUGAAGAAGUCCACAUGCAUAAACGUCUUUUGCUACAUCAACGUCGUUCGUGUUUGGAGCGACGCCUGCAUGCGGCGGAACGCAAACGAAAGGCGGAACUUGAACGCCGAAUUUCGAAGGCACAUGAUGAAGAAACAAAGGGGCGUGAGAUCGCAUUUAUUCAGACUCUUGAGGCCGAACAAAAACAACACAGUAUUUUGACCAAGCAUGAGGAAAGUCGGGCUCGGUUGGAUGAGCUGGCCGCUGAGCGGCGACGCCGUUUGGAAGAGAAACUUGGUCGUGAAGAGGCUGCGAAGACUCUUGAGGCCGAACAAAAACAACACAGUAUUUUGACCAAGCAUGAGGAAAGUCGGGCUCGGUUGGAUGAGCUGGCCGCUGAGCGGCGACGCCGUUUGGAAGAGAAACUUGGUCGUGAAGAGGCUGCGAAGGGUCGUCGGAGAGCACUGGAGGCCUCACGCCGAGCCAGGCUAGAUGCACUUCAAGCCCGUUGGGAGAUUCGUGCGCAACAAUUGGCUUCUAGAGCCGAGUAUCUGGAGCACUGCCGACGCGCCGCGGCCAAAGCCAAAGAGCAACAUCGUGAAGUGAAAAUGGCCAAUUUGGAGGAGCAACAACGUACGCACAUUGAGCAGCUGCGCACGAAAAUUCAACGAAAGCAAGAGGAGUCGGAACGACGUCAUCAAGAAAGUCUUCGCGAAAUCAGCCGUAAAGCAUUCGAAAUGUCCGUCUUGACGCAUACGGGAGAAGAGUCAUUUGCUGCCGCAGGGAUAGAGCCGUAUCCCAUUCAAAAGUGGUGUCGUGCUUGUCAGGUUAAGAUCGUGUCUGAAGUCUCUCUCAAGAGCCAUUUACAUGGAAAACGUCAUCAAAAAGCCUUUUUGGAGGCGAACGAAAACAGACCGAUUGAUCGGUCCGAAUUGGAAGCCUUCAACCUGCUUCAUUUGGUUGAUGCGCCUUCAGAAUUGUUGGACCCACAAGCUGCCGCGGAACAAGAGCGCUUGCGUAUUCGUCGGAGACGUGCUCGUAAGCUUCGUCAGCGCAUGAAUCAGAGUUUCAACCGCUGUGUGUUCCCCAACCUAUCGCUUCGCUUCUUCUAUCUUUCUAGAGCCGCACAAUUCUCCAAGGAACUGGAACAACUGAAGUCCACCAUUCCAGAGUCUCCAAACCGGUCCCAGAUACAGAAACUUGUCAAAGAGGCCCGGCGUUUUGUCAGUCUUCCCGACUCUGGCCCGUGGGUUACCACCCGAGUUCAGGCCAUGGAGAAGACACUGAAUGCUUUCCUCCGUUGUCUGUCCGUAACACCAAAAGACAAGUUGUUGCCACAAUCGACCCCGGUGAAUGGUUCUGUCCGGUUCGGGACUGCUGCAUCCGUGGACCAGAUUGUUUGUACCCAUCUGGGUCUGUUGCCCGUACUGACCAGCCUGUUGAGCCUAAUGUGCAGCCAACGACCUUCGGGGACUCAGUUGGUACCGGACAGGACCUAUCAACUGGCAGCCGAAGUUCUACGUGCGGUCUGUCAGUCCUGUUCGGAAGCGUGUCGCCGAAUGGUCUGCGGAAACGACGUUGCCGUGCUAGUUGACUGCUUGGUGGCCAGAUUUUCGCCACCUGUGACUUCCUCGCGGCAACUUGGCACGAUGGUUACGAAAGACGAUCCGCUGGACGGUGAUUCGAGCUACACGGUUGCUGUCAAUCCAUGCACACUGGCUGUCAUGCAUUCUUUCACCUGUAUCAUCAAUCAGGUCGUGGAGGAUUGGUACUCAAAUCCUCCCAUUGCGGCAACAUCCAGCGUGGACAUCCAGAGGAUACAGGAUCUUCUCGGCUAUAUUGUAAGCAGCGGUCUGGUUGACCUGCUGGCAGCCCGGUUGUCCAGCCCCCGCCAAGCCAAUUGGCUCUUACGCAUCGGUAGUCCGGGUAAGAAUGGACCGAAUCAGUUUAUAGAACAAUCACAACAGAUCACUCUGGCUACCAUUGCGCUCCUAACUUGUCUGGUUCGCCUGUUGGGUUGUAUUCCAUCUGCCUGCCCGACGAAAGCGCGUUCAACUCAGACUGUCCAUACUGCGACGCACCAGCAGUCUGAAGUAUCGAGUACUACAGGGUCGUCGGUUGUUCAUGUCUCGGCUGUUCAGUUAUCUGUCGACGAAACAAGCACUUAUUCGGUAUCGAGUGCAAGUCGCGCAACGGAUGCCUCGACGCCUCCCACAUCGUCGUCUCCACGUGGAAACAAUGUCUGUGUUCGUGGCACGAGCGCUUCGUCCCGCGAUACUGUGAUGGGAUCGUCGACCUGUAGUUACCAAGCCACCACUGCGGAUUCGACAACCCCAAUUACAGCGGACUCUACAAAACUGCUCGAGACCGUUAUCGACACAGAGAUGUUUGGCCUCAUUCCUCUUCUGUACGGUCUGUUGUUGGAUCCCAGUUCACGACCGACACAACCAGGAAUGAUGGACACUAGUGGCGGUAAAAACGAACAGCGGAAAGUUUCCGGCAAACCAACUACCCCAGGAUCUGCCCGGUCCGCUGACAGGAAAUCCAAACUUGGCAGCUCAGCUGACACGAAAACCUCGGCCGAACAAAGCGCGUUCCGCAACCCAGCAGUUGGUCAGAUUGCAUUGCAAGCCUUGCGGCUGAUAAACUCCUUUGCCAUGGUCAACCGUCCUGCUCUCCAGACCAUAGUCAGUGGAGAACUCACUUCGUUGCUCAUUCGACAUAUUCUACUGGCCCUGCUGACGCGCUGUUUGUGUGAGUCAUCCUCAAACACAGUAAAUGUGCCCUCGGGGUUGGAGGUUGAUGCCAAAGUCCCUAGAAAGCGCAAGGUUACUGCCGAAUCAAAAUUGUCCGCCUCUACUACUCCUUCUCGACGUCGUGUGGACGAUACGGAAGAUCUUCGGGAGCUUAUCCCCAGUGGAGCCAGGGCAGCAGUUGCACGUGCUGCAUCCAACACUGCAAAAUCGGGCAUCGAUCUGUACGGACUUCCAGAUUGGGCAAACGAAAACGUUACUCCCGAAUCGCAGCCGAGCACCGUAAAGCCGGUCACCAAUCUGGACCACAUGUUACCGUCCCAACAACUCACAGAUGCCGUGCUCCACGAGGCCAUACUUUGUGCGGGUCACGUGUGUGCGCUCAAUUUUGACAAUCAGACCAGUUUGCAAACCGGUCCUCCUCCCACACUCCUGCAACGCCUCGUCGCCCUACCGUUUGACUAUUUCAGUCAAAGACCACUGACCGACAUACUCUAUCCCACACUUAUCGCGUUUUGUUACGAGCAUCCGACCAAUUCGGCAGUGCUCGAAGCAGAAUUGAGUCCCACGCUGUUGGCUAACUACAUUGAAGAACGUCUACUCGAGAGAACGAUGGAUGCCCUAUCAGAUACAGACACACGAAUCUUAGCCAGCAGCGAGGCCACAGAUCCGGGGAAGCGGCUCGCAUCGGCAUUGGCAUCAGAUGGUCAUAGUACAAAUCGACCAGGCGAUGGAAUGGGUCUGACUUUGAUACCUGUGGAAUUGAUUGAUAAGAAAGUUUUCACAGAAAAA